UUUUGCUAAAGACAAACAACUUCUCAUCACUCUCCCACCAAUCUCUCUCUCUCUCCUCCUCUCUCUCUCUCUCUUUACUCACUCACUCCACUCACUCUUCCAUCUUUCCUCUCUCAAGACUCUGCCCUACCUCUGCAACCACAACACCAACCAUACAAAUCAAACAAAUAUCAUCACCAUCAUCAUCAACAAACAAAACAAUGUCCAAAACUUGUUGAAUCAAAACAAUGGAGUCAUCAUCAACAACAUCAUCAUCAUUACCCACGACUACAAGCGGCGCAACAAGCGAGCUCUUCAUCUGCUUCACAUCUCGUCUCUCCUCGUCUUCCUCCAUGAAAAUCUCCUCCAAGUCAAUCCUAAGCCCGGGGCGAGCCAGAGACUCCUCCCAAAUCUCCCUCUCCUCCUCUCUCAGCCGGAGGCUCAAAACCAGCGGAAGCCUUAAAGGCGGCCAGGCCUCGCCGAUGUUCCCGACGGCGGUCGGGAACAAGAAGAGAUCCGGCUGCGGCGGCGCUUUCGAGAACCCAGAACCUUCUUCUCCUAAAGUCACGUGUAUUGGGCAAGUCCGAGUCAAGACCAAGAAACAGGGGAAGAAAAUGAGGGCCGCCACCGCCAGACCGUCGAAGCGGAGAUCCAGUAAUGGCGGCGGUGAGGCCAGUUUCAGAAGAGCAGAAGAGAAUAAUAAACUAAAACUUGAAGAAGAUGAAACACACAAGACGGCGGAGGAGAAUUCUCAUAAGUGGGUUACGAUCUGCGAAGCGUUGAGGGAGUUCAACUGCUUCUUGCCGUGUCGGUCUUCGUGCACGAACACGACGGCGGCGGGUGAGAAGGAGAGUAGUAAUAAUAAUAAUAAUAAUUGCAGCGAUAAGCUAGAAAAGCGAACAUCUUCCACUUCUUUCAAUGGGAGGUCUUGUGGUGCGGUUUUUGCGCGGUGGCUUGUGUCGUUGCAGGAUGGGGAGGGUAAGGGGAGAGAGAUAGAGUUGGUGGUGGGAGAAGAAGAGGAGGAGAGAGAAGACGAGAGAAGUGGUGGGAGGAGUUUGAGGAGGAGAGUUUUUGAGGGGAUUGAGUUUAAGGAAGAAGAUGAGAAGAGUACUGGUUUUGAUAAAGUUGGUGGUAAUGGAGGAGGAGAAGGAGAAGAGACGGUGGGUAGGGUUAGUAUUUGCAUUCCGCCGAAAAAUGCUCUGUUGCUGAUGAGGUGCAGAUCUGACCCUGUGAAAAUGGCGGCGCUGGCUAACCGGUUCUGGGAUCCACCGGAGAAAGGCGAUGAAAAUGAAGAGCGAGAAGCGGAAGUUGUAAAUGAGGAAGACAAGUGUGAAGAUCAUCCCAAGUCGGAUAUGUGCAGCGAAAAGUAUGAUUCUUCUUGUAUUAAUAUCAAUGGCAAAAAAGGUGAAGAAGAAGAAACCCCAGAAGAAAAGCGGCCGGAAAUGGUUACUAAGGAAGAAGCCAUAGACAUAGAGGGAGUUGUUGUUGUUGUUGAUGAAGCACCAGAAGAAAACGUGGAAAGAAGAACCAGUAUUGAAAUGGAUGGUAAUGCAGAAAUAGCUGGUGAUGCAACUGAAGAAGAACCAUUAGAAGAAGAUUUUGAAGUAGUUUUGCUAGAGCAAAAAGAAGAGGAAGAUGAGGAGAAGAAGCAAGAAUUGGAUGCGAUUCAAUCGACAGAUGAACCAGAAAAUGUCGUAGAUCCAGAAGAGAAGGUAGAAGCGGAUGAUGAUGAAGAAGAAGAAGAAGAAGAAAAGGAAUCACAUUGUCCAGAGGAAUUCGCAAUAGGAGAAAAGGAAAUAGAAAAAGAGGAAGAAUACGAGAAGCCCAUAUUUUCUUCAGCGUCCGAAGAAAAAGAAGAGGAAGAGAGAGUUGCAGAAGGGUCAAUGAAGGAAGAAGUAGAAGAAGCGGAGACGACAACCCAACAACAGGUCGUAACCGACGAAGAGAAAACGGGUCGGGAGGAACCGAAAGAAGAGAAGGGAAUGAAUUUGGAAUCGAAUUUACCCGAUUGCUUGCUGUUGAUGAUGUGCGAACCCAAGGUUUCAAUGGAGGUCUCAAAGGAGACGUGGGUUUGCAGUACGGAUUUCAUCCAGUGGUUACCGGAUCGUCGCCGGGUCAACCUGAAAAGGCUCCCGGAAGAGCCCAAGAAGCGGCCCAAUGUGACGGCCGUCGACGGUGUCGGUGGCCCAGUUCAUAAUCGUGUUCCACCUGCGCAGCUGAUGCAGCCGCCGAGGUCUUCUUGCUCGUUGCCGAUGACGGCGGCGGCAGCGGCGGCGGCUCAGCAGUCGAUGGCCAGUGUGAUCGAGCGGAAGCUGGUGGGGACGAAGCCGGGAUUCGAGCCGUUUGUGCUCACGCGAUGCAAGUCGGAGCCGAUGAGAUCGGCGGCAAACCUGGCGCCGGAUGCACGUUUUUGGAAGAAUAGGAAGCUCGAGCCGCACCGCCAGGCUACGCUCGGGGUCGGCGCGGCUGGGGGUGGGGUUUGAGCCGGUGUAAUAAUUGAGAAAAUCUCUAGUUAGGAAAAAAAAAAAAAAAUAGUGAAAAGAAUAGAAAGCGUGGGUAAAGUGGAAAGUUGUAUGGGUUAAUAUGUAGGUUUUCAGAGUGCUUUUUCGAUAGUUGUUUUUCUCUUUCCUUAAUGGUCUGUAAAUUUUUAGUUACUAAUUUUUUAAGUUGUAUUCUUUUGGUCUUAUCA